AUGGCAACCCCACAGAAUCGCCCGCGAGAGACGGUCAAAGUUCUCUACGACUACGAGCUAACCAAUGCGCCGGGAAAGUCGCUGAUUGGCAUUGAAGUGUCAUAUCUCCCCAACGGCUACACUCCGCCACAUCGCCAUUCCGGUGCGACCGUCGUGGGCAUGACAAUAGAAGGCGAGAUUCUGAGCGGCAUGAAUGGCAAUCCCCCGCAAGUAUACAAAGUGGGCGAAUCGUUUCGUGAGCUUCCCGGCUGCCACCACACCGUGGGCGAAAACAAUAGCGCCGAGCAUCCUGCAAAGCUGAUUGCAACGUUCGUCAUCGACACUGCUAUAGUCAAGGAGAAGGGUUACGCGGUGCUGACCCAGAUAGAUGAAGGGUACGAAUAA